GGAUAUGAAGAUGCACCUAAUGCCGUUGGUGAGAGGGGAUGACAACCUAUAUAACUGUCCACCACCGACUGCUUAGCAAACUCUUGUCGAGAGUGACCAGUGCUGUGUUAAACUUCGAACGCAAAUCAGCAGAAAGAGAAGACAACCAACAGGAUGAAACUAAUCGUGGGCCUCUUUUUGGUAGCCACCGCUUUGGCUUUACCACUCCCCGAGAGUGAAGAAAAUAAAUCAGGUGUACCUCUAGUCAUCGCUGAUUAUUCCUCAGUCGCAAAAUCUGAAGAAAAUCACCACCACCACCAUCACGACUCCUCCUCGCAAUCAUCUUCAGAAGAAUCCACUGAAAAAGCGAGCGAAGAAGCAAAACCGACCACUGAACCCGCCAAGAGUGAAGAAAAAUCCGAAAGCAGCGAAGAGAAAAGCAGCAGUGAAGAAAGCAACGAAAGCAAACCUCUCCAAGAUGAAAACCCCACAUCUGAAGAGCCGGUCAAGACGACCGAAGCCCCCAAAGCCGAAGAACCCAAACGCGAAGAGCCCAAACUCGAAGAACCCAAACUCGAAGAGAAGCCCAAGCCCCAAGAGCCCGAAAUGAAGAAAAUCGACGAACCCAAACCCAUCAUCGAAGAGAAAAAAGAAGAGAGCGUCCCCGCCGUUAAACUCAUCAUGGAAGGUUCCGAUGUGGUGCAAGCCGCCAAAAACACGGUAGCCGUGGCGGAAGAAUCUGCCCCCGCUCCCGCCGCCAAGGCCGAGACCUCGCCGCCCCUCGAGGCCACCACCGAGAAAAUCGAAAAGCCGUUGGCACUCCCGGCACUCAAAGCCGAAGAAGCCGCCAAACCGGAUGUCAAAGAAGAAGUGAAAGCCGAACCCGAGAAGAAAUUGGAAGAGAAGAAAGAGGAGAAGAUUGAAGAGAAGAAAGAAGUAAUCGAAGAGAAGAAAGAUAUUGAGAAGAAAGCCAAAGCUGAGGCCGAGACGGAGGCUCCCAAACCGGAAGGAGCUUUGAAAAAAGACGAAAAAGAGGCGUUACCGGAAAAACUACCAGAGCCUGCUAGUGCAAGGGAUGCUCUCCGGUUGGAACAACCACCGACUCCGAGGCUUCUUCUGGAAGAACUCGAGACUGAUUUGGCCCAUCCCUGUGCCCUCAUUGCCCCUCAAUUGCUCGCUAAAAAGGCUAAUUUCGCGUUUGAGAGUCUCGUCGAGCCUUUUCGACGAACAACACACAUAAGUGAGGUCGAUAAAGUCGCAAUCUACAUCGGUGUAACCGAUCGUACCGAUCGAGUAACUCCCUUCGGUGCUGUAGAGGAACUUGCCGUGCGUCCGGUGGAACAACACCGUGUGGAAAAUACUAGCGACGGCUUCGUCGGCUUGAUGCCCUUCCACCGCCAAAUCGAACAUUUGAGAUCGGGCGUUCAUUUAGGUGAAGUGUCAGAAAAUCCGGUUGAAGACAAUGUUGAAGACAAAAUCGAGCAACUGGAAGCGGAAAAGAAAAGAAUCCAGGAUGAAUUCAAUGUGCAAAGAGCAAAAAUGAAAGAACUCUUCUUACAAAAAGAAGAUGAGUUGUUACGKAGAAACCACGAAAAUACGCGCUUGAAUGCAGAAAUCGUGGAUUUAAAACGCGAAUUGGACGAUUUAAAAAGUCAGUUAGUUAUAGCUGGGAUGACCUUAGAAAACAGUUUCGAGCAGGAAAAACGUAAAGCCAACGAGGAAAUUGCAACACUACAACAACUAGUUCACGAAACUGUUGAAGAGUCAAGUUCUUCACGGAGUUUAUACGACAGCGAACUUAAAAACCUACAAACUUACAUCCAGCAAUUACAAAACGAGAUUUUAGUCUUAAAGCAACAAAAACAACAGUCGCCCCACCAUUCCAGUCAGGAGUCAAGUCUGGCUCCUAGUGUCGUCCUUAACGCCCUUACUAAAGGAAUAGUUAAAAAACUAGGAGCUGACGCUUUCACGUCCCAAGACAGUGGCGAUGACCCCACCAGAAAGGUAGAACUUAGCGGCCAUACGCAGGAGGAUCCCGAGGUACUCCGCUCGCUUAUUGGCCCCCUCGAAGACCAGAUCCAAGCCCUGAAAGAGAAAUUGCGCGCCACUGACGAACAGUUGCAAAAAUGCCGCGAAUGCGGCCACAAACAGGACAAAAACGACCACAAUGUCGCCACAAACACGUCGUUUGACUCGCCAAAACAUGCGACUUCGUGUGACAUGUGCAGCAAUUACGAGGACCAAUUAGUGGCCGAACAGCGAAAAACGAAAGAGUUGGAAUUGAAAGUACAAAAGGCGGAGAAGGCGGCUGAAAGACACAAAGAGGAUUUGUUGAAAGAAAUCGGCUUUCGGAAAGAAAUUGAAGAGAAAUGGAACGAGAAGAAAGAGGAACAUAAACAGCAAGUGGCCGAAUUGACUCGCAGUACGGAAUGUGCCGAACAAGACUUGAAAGAAUUACGACAAGUGUUUAACCAGACUUGCGCUGAAAUGAGCGAAAUGCUGAAAAAAUUGACCAAAGGCCGCGAGAAGAUCCAAGAGGAGUUGACCACGCUCCAGAAAGAGAACGAUAACCUUGUUGGGAAGUACACGAUUCACUCCCAAGAGCUGCAAAGUGAAGCGAUUAAUCUCCCGAAUACUGUCGAGGAGCUCCAUGAAUUGGUCCUUAAACACCACCAGGACUUGAUUAUAGCGAAAAUCGGGAAGGAAGCCGCCGAGGAAAAGGUGAAUACGUUGCAAUCGGACAUUUUGCUACUUCGAGACCAGAUUACCAACGACCAYCACGAGAGGGAAUUAAUGGAGAAUAAUCUGGCGCAGGAAAUUGAUUUAUUGAAGAAGCAGAAACACCAGUUAGAGAAGGAGAAAAAACUGUAUUUGGCCAAUCAGGAGAAGCUGCAAAACACGGAUAAAGCGAAUUUGGCGCAAAUCGCUGAGCUGCAAAAGCAGAUACACGACCUGCAAACAACCAAAAGACAGUUGGAGGAGCAGAACAGCGAACUCCGUACACAAAUCUCCUCGCUGCAGCAGGAGUUGGACACGAGCGAGACCGUCCAGAAAGACUUUGUGCGUCUGUCGCAAAGCUUGCAGAUGCAAUUGGAGAAAAUCCGCGAGUCCGACACCCAAGUCCGGUGGCAGCACGAAGAGGACGUCGAAAAGUGCCCCAAUUGUCGCUCCGAUUUCGGGGGCCCCAAACGCAAGGAGCACUGCCGACACUGCGGCCAAAUUUUCUGCACCAAUUGUCUCACUCACACGGUGGAAAGUGGGGCUAGCAUGCUCCCAUCCAAGGUUUGUGAUGUCUGUCAUACUCUCCUAGUCAAAUCGUCGGCGCCCUACUUCAGCGAAGCGCCGCCGAUGACUUGAAUCCAGUUGAUUAGUUCUAAGGUUGUAAUCAAAUGUCUAAUAAAGUCUAUUUCAAUUUUA